CGGUUGGGUUCGGGCUCGCGCUCGCGCCAGACACCAGCUACGGGACUUUUUUGCUGCGUGCACUUUUUGUGCUGCUGAUGGUCGUGAGAGGGCUGUGGGUUUAUUGUGGUGUAGUUAGUUUCUGUCGCCCGCCGUGACGGUCGGGUAUCUGACUCGGUUGUCGGCUGUGCCGCCGUGAUCAGAGACCUGUGCCGCCGUGAUCUGAAACCUGUGCCUUCGUGAUCUGUGUCACCGGUGAACCGGUAUGAUCCCAUGCGCGGGCGUGUGAAAAUGUCGCGGUGCCACUUCAACAGGAGAUAGUGGGACGUCCCGCGCGGCGCGGCGCUAUCAGCAUGCCAGUGGCGACGCCGGAGGCCGUGGCGGCGGUGGCGGCUGCCGUGCACGCAUUGGCAGACCCGCCGGUGUCGGAGGCGGGGCCGAGGGCGCGCUCUGCUCAGUGCUCCGACUCCGCAGACGACAUGACGGUGGACGUCUCGGCGAUGGCCCCGGGGCCGACGCCGGCAGCGGCGUCGCUGCGCGGGCACGGCUGGCUGGUGUAUCUUCUGACUGUACUCAGCGCCAUCAGCAGUCUGCUGUUCGGCUAUGACACGGGUGUCGUGUCAGGCGCCAUGCUGCUGGUGCGCAGCGAGUUCCACCUCUCCGACUUCUGGCACGAGCUGAUCGUCUCGGCGACUGUGGGCGCGGCGUGGCUGUCCUCGCUACUGGGCGGCUAUCUGGCUGACAGGUUCGGCCGUAAACCUGUCAUCUUGGUAGCUGGAGUGCUCUUCGUAGUGGGAUCACUAGCCAUGGCUCUGGCUGGUGGCAAAGAAACUCUGCUAGUCGGCCGGUUGAUAGUCGGACUGGCCAUCGGAAUCUCCAGCAUGUGCGUGCCGAUCUACAUCUCUGAGUCGGCGCCGGCCGGCAUCCGCGGCCUCUUGGUGAUGGUGAUGACGGCCACCAUCACUCUGGGUCAGCUGGUGGCUGCGCUGGUGUGCGGAGCCUUCUCCACAGUGGACGGGGGAUGGCGUUGGAUGCUGGGCCUCGGCGCGCUACCGGCCGCUCUUCAGCUGCUCGGCUUCGCGUUCAUGCCAGAAUCACCCCGCUUCCUGGUGGCGAAAGGCCGCGAAGAGGCGGCCAAAGACGUGCUGCGGCGCGUGCGAGGCGAGGGGGACCACGUCGCCGCUGAGUACGACGCCAUCAAGACCGACCACACCGCGCAGGAGGCCGUGUUUCGUGAGCGAGCGGCGGCAGGUCACGGAGGCUCUGUGCUGUCACAGGUGGUGCGUGAACCCAGCACGCGCCGCGCGCUCAUCACCGGCUGCUGUCUGCAGAUGUUCCAGCAGAUCUCUGGCGUCAACACGGUCAUCUACUACAGCGCCAGCAUCAUCACACUGGCCGGCGUCCGCGACCCGUCCACCGCCAUCUGGCUCUCCGCGAUCGUCAGCUUCCUGAGCUUCAUGGCCAAGCUGGUCGGCCUGGGGCUGGUGGAGCGCGCGGGGCGCCGGCCGAUCCUCCUGUGGAGCACGCUGGGCUCGGCCGUCUCGCUCGUGAUCCUCGGCGCCGGCUUCCAGCUGAGUGCCAGCCACUCGGUCGGAGUGACAGUCCUGGAGGAGGGCCAGAGUGCGCUCCUAGCGGCCACCUGUGAUGCCUGUGAGCUAACCGGUGAGAACGGGUUCUGCUUCCAGGACCUGGACUCGGGACCUGUGAACGGCUCAUGCAUACCACACGUCUCCUCGUACAACUCGUCGGCAUCUCUGGGCCGGUGCGCCGACCCGGCAGAACUAGGUGUCAACAGCCUCACCUGGGCUCCUGACUGGUGCCCCACGGACUACGCCUGGCUUCCCAUCACGGGCAUGUUCCUCUACAUCACCAUGUUCUCCCCGGGCCUGGGCGCCAUGCCGUGGACCAUCACGGCCGAGAUCUAUCCGCUGUGGGCGCGCAGCACGUGCAACUCCAUCACUACAUCGGUCAACUGGUUCUUCAACUUGAUCGUGUCGUUGACGUUCCUGACGCUGAUCGCGGCCAUCACGCGACAGGGUACGUUCUACAUGUUUUGCGGCUGCACUGUUGUGGGCCUGGUGGUGUUCUACGUCACAGUACCGGAAACACGCGGAGUCAGACUCGAAGAAAUUCAGCAGCUCUUUGCGAUGCCCUGGGGUCUCCACGCUCCGCGACGAGCCCCAGCAAACAGCUCGUCUGGAGACGGAGAGGAAAGCAGCUCGGCCCAAGGGUUCGAAAAUAAGACAUUCGAUCCAUCCUAGCGGGAAGGAGGGAAGGGAAGAAUAUGUCUGUGAGAUUGUGUGGGGGUGUUUUGAUGACAUUUAUUACGAGGAACUUUGCCAGCAAGCAUUUGGAAAUAAAAUCGUACACCCUACCUCGUACCACGGGUUGCUUGGCCUGUUCCAAGACUUCCUUACGUUUGUUUCAAUUGUAGUCAAUGCUGAGACCAAAGCCAUUGUAUGAGAUUGUGUAUGCAUCACCAAAAUGACUCUCGGUCUCAUUCUACUGAUUUUAGUUUAACCAGUUCAAUUAUAAAUGCCAGACACGUAUAAAUGUGGUAAAAGCGGCUGUCGUCUCCUGUGCUAAGGAUCAAUGUUUGCGGUUUGGGCUGCAUUUUAGCUACAGUCUUGGAUAUGCGCUCAUUAUUAUUUCGAGUAAUUGUGUCUGGAUCAUUUUGUGAGGUUAUUCCAGACUGCUUGUUAUAUUGUCAUUAUGGAAUGUAAUAUUUUGUGCUAUGCCAAAUAAACGUAUGUAUCUUUUUA